GGAGAAGUAAACCCCCCGAAAAAUGGAAGAUGAGAAGAAACCAGCAAUGACGGAGAAGACAACGGAACAAGAAGUAAAAAAGGACGACGUUCCUAACAUCAAGAGCCCAUAUUUUGACUAUAAUAACAUGGAAGAUUUUAAGAUGAGAGAUUAUGGGCACGAAGGCCACGAGGAGCCUGAGGUUGAUCUUGGAGGUGGUUCUACCGAUCCUCUCAUUCCGUCAGGUGGAGUUGGCCGUGGCGGAGGUGCCGCAUCGUCAGAUCUUUCCUCCACCGGAACUAUUAACCGUCAGGGAGUUCCGUGAAAACUCUUUACAUAAAAUGUAGCUGACUAGUGCCAGAUAUAGCUGUGUCUCUCUUUUAUUUAAAGUGUCUUAUGAAUGCAACAUGUUCCAGUCUUCCAGACUAAACGUGUAUAUGCAAGCAGAAAAUGGAGUUAUAGUUAAUAAAUAAUGACAUGCAGAAAAUAAACAAAGAGAAUAUGAAAUGAAUGGAAUGAAACUAAACGUAUAUUUAUUUUUUGAAUAGAUUAGUCGAAUCCCAGAAGCCAAAAUGCACAAGGCACUCGGCACAGCCACACUGGAUCAUGACCUUCUUGGCAAAACUUUUUUUUUCUUUUUCUUUUAUAAACACAUCUUGGCAAAGGUUCAUUUACAUAGUACAGAUGGAAAUGUUUUGCUCUAUUUUAUGUAAUACCUAUGUAACAACACCGUAAGAUAUUUUUUUUUGAUUUAUUGUGAUUGGUA